AUGAUUCGCCGCAGAUGCCGAAGACCAAGACUCGACUGGAUAUUGGCGGUGAGUUGGACUGACUUGACUGAGAUGCGGAGUUCAGAGCAUCGGCAUCGGAGUACUCGCCGUGGAUGGGUUUCUUGGCUUACCAUUGGGCUACUAACAACCUGGCCAUUGUUCUCUCCCAGACAUAUUCCGGUCUUGCCAGCAAUAGCUCAAAUCCACCGGUCAGCAUAG